GCCGUGGCUAGAAGUUACUGUGCGGCGGCUGCUAAGGAGGCGGCUGUGGUGGCGGUGGCGGCGGCGGCGGCUGAGGCGGUGGCUGAGGCGGCGACGGAGGAAACAGAAGAUGGCAGAUUUUUUGAAAGGAUUGCCUGUCUACAACAAAAGCAAUUUUAGUCGAUUUCAUGCCGACUCUGUGUGCAAAGCCUCGAACCGACGUCCCUCAGUCUACCUGCCCACUCGGGAGUACCCGUCCGAACAGAUUAUUGUGACAGAAAAAACAAACAUUCUUUUGCGCUACUUACAUCAGCAAUGGGACAAAAAGAAUGCCGCCAAGAAGAGAGACCAGGAGCAAGUGGACCUCGAGGGUGAGAGCUCGGCGCCCCCCCGCAAGGUCGCACGGACCGACAGCCCGGACAUGCACGAGGACACUUAAGACUCACACUCCCCCACAGGCGCCUCCUGUCUUGUCUGCUCCUCGCCCGCCCGCCUUGUGUAAGCGCCCUGCCCCUCAACCCCUCCGCCGGCCCACCCACGCCCCACCGUCCACACCACUUCCAACCUCAUAGGAGCCGAUGUAUUUAUUUUCCUUGAGUUUUUAUUUAUGCUGUAAAAUGUACCAAGCGAUGGUUAAAGGGGAUGUCAGACCCAGUAGUGUGAUGUUGGUAGAUGCUUUUAAAAACAAUUGUUACUCACCUCCCCCCUUCCAGUUCCCCCUCCUCUCGCCCCCCAGUUCUCCUCUGGAAAACUGGAGCGUGUCUGAGAGGGUCUAGAGCCAGGCCCCUGCUGCAGCCGGCCGGCAGGGGUGGGGGCCCUUCUCCCGGCUCCCACCGGCUGGUUCGGGCCUUAAAGACUUGCCUUGUCUCGAGUUCCACCGGGACCUAUUCUGUGCCCAGACCUUGCUCUGAGCAUGCAUAAGGGGUAGAAGUCAGCCCUUCCGGAUCUUUCUCUUAAGUCAUUUUAUCAUGGACUAGUGCGUGCUCCAUGUCCACCCCAAUAAAAGGAUCUUUCCUACCCGA